GUUGACGGUACUCUCCAGUGUCGGGUCAAGGUUCAUAAGAGCUGCAGUGCGUGUUUCGCUCGUGCCGGGUUUUUAAUUUCUUUAUUUUGGAAUAGGUGGUCAUUUCAUUUUAUUUCCCUGCGAACGAUGGCCUCAGAUUCAGGCUACGGUCACCCUGGCUCUCAGCAGAGCUAUGGCGGAUAUGGUGGAUCCCAGGGUUAUCAAGGUGGACAGCAGGGAUAUGGACAGGGUAAUGGAAGCGGAAGUUACAGCGAACAGAGCUAUGGUGGUUAUGGGCAGUCUGGUGGAGACAGUUAUGGUCAGUCAUCGCAGGGAUAUUCCUCUGGUGGUUAUGGCCAACAGCAGCAGGGCUCUGACAGUUAUGGACAACAGGGUUCUGAAUCCUCGUCUGGGUAUGGGGAUAAAUCCUAUGGCCAGCAGCGCUCUUACGGACAGCAGUCAAGUGGUGGUGGUGGUGGAGGAGGGUAUGGGCAAUCCAGUGGCUCAUAUGGAGGCUCUCAAGGUGGCUACGGGAGACGCAAUGAUGGGGACAGCCGCAGAUUUGGAGAUGAUGAAGGCUCUGACCGGUCUGAGGGUUACAGGGGUCGGGGGCGUGGAGGUUAUGACCGCGGAGGCUAUGACAGAGGUGGCCGCGGAGGCCCACCCUCCGGUAUGGGGACCCAAAGACUACGGCCAGAAGGAUGACGAUGGCGAUCAGGAUAACUCGGACAAUAAUACCAUCUUUGUCCAGGGUCUUGGGGAGGAUGUCAAUGCUCAGGAAGUGGGUGACUAUUUCAAGCAAAUCGGGAUCAUAAAGGUCAACAAGAAGACUGGCAAGCCUAUGAUCAAUCUGUACUCUGAUAAAGCCACGGGACGCCUGAAGGGUGAAGCCACGGUCUCAUUUGAUGACCCGCCCUCGGCCAAAGCAGCCAUUGAUUGGUUUGAUGGAAAAGAGUUUAAUGGUAGACCCAUCAAGGUGUCGUUUGCUACCAGAAGGGCUGAGUUCACUCAGAGAGGAGGUGGAAGCGGUGGCCGAGGGGGUCGUGGUGGUUUUCGAGGCCGAGGUGGUGGUGGUGGUGGUGGCGGCGGCGGCGGCUUUGGUGGUGGUCCGUCAUUUGAUGUCCGGGGUGGAGACUGGCCUUGUCCUAACAGUUCUUGUGGCAACAUGAACUUCGCCAGGCGAUAUGAAUGCAACCGGUGUGGUACACCGAAGCCAGAAGGGGACAGUUUCGGUGGUGGUGGCGGCGGCAGUGAUCGCGGCAGCCGCGGUGGCUAUGGAGGAGAUCACGGGGACCGCGGCGGCGGCUUCAGAGGUGGGAGAGGAGGUGGAUUUAGAGGAGGAGAUCGUGGAGGCGGAGGAUACAAAAUGGGUGGAAGGGGAGACCACAGAGAUGAUAGACGUGGCCGGCCAUACUGAAGACCUGUUUAGAUGCCAUUCCAGACCUUUAUUGCGGGGUGGGGGUACGGGGGGUUUGGGGAGAGGUUCGUGUCUGCAUACCUUUGUUGCAUGAGUGUCCUGCAUAUACUGUCUGAGCGGAGCCGUUUUUCCCAUACAUGUUCAAUCUACUGUGAGGAUGAUGAUCUGAGCUGCAGCAUUGAAAACCUUCAGUCCUGUAAGGAGUUUCCAAAACCCGGCGACAGAUCCGCUUUAAAGGAUGUUUUGCUCUAGUAUGAUGGGGAAAUUGGGCCAGAUGUUAUUUUUGUUACUUUUUAAUUUCCUAACUGUUCAAUCCGGCGUUUAGUGUGUGUGUGUGAUGGAUUUGUGAAAUGCUUAUGAUUUUGUAAAAAUCAAUCAACACAAACUGUUUUACUGGUUUCUUUUGUUUGUUUUUUUCCCCUUUUGCAAAAAAUAUUAAACACCCUUUUGAUCUUAA